AUGACACAGAAAUACGCUACGUUCGAAGAGUCCGGUUUAGCAUCGACAGAUGCUCACCCCGACGAUCAGGUCAUCGACCUUUCCAAGAAAAAUCCCGAGGUUAAGGAUGCCGCCGAGCAGUCUACCUCGCUCAAGGAUUACUUUAGAAUCCUCUCGUAUACGACUACCAAAGAUCGGAUGGUCCUCGCUGUUGCCUUGAUAUGCUCUGUGGGGUCUGGUGUGCCCCUACCGAUCAUGAACAUCAUCUUUGGUGGACUGGUUGGCGAAUUCAGUUCAUAUUUUACCCCUGGGACCUCGACCACUGAAGCCCAGUUCAAAGCGUCGGUUAGUCGGCUAAGUCUGUAUAUUGUCUAUCUCUUCAUCGCAAAGUUCACCUUGACAUAUUUCUCCAUGUACUGCUUCCGUGUUAUCAGUCUUCGGGUCUCAGCCGCUUUGCGACUGGAGUACAUGAAUUCGCUUUUCGCUCAGCCAAUCAGCAAACUAGACCAAGUCUCAGUUGGAACUGUCGUCAAUACAAUCACCACCCUCUCCAAUUCGAUCCAGCAGAGCAUAUCAGACAAGCUGGCCAUUCUCUUCCAAUCCUCCGCCCUCUUGAUCGCUGCAUAUAUAAUCGCCUUUAAAUACUCAUGGGCCCUCACUCUCGCCACCAGCUCUUGCCUUCUGUUCAUUCUCGUCGUCUGCAGCAUGACCCUGCCCGCUAUCUCUCAGAUCCAACAAAAGACAGACAAGGCGGAUGAAAAGCAUUCAGCAAUUGCAGCAGAAGUCUUUGGUUCCAUUCGGACGGUCAUCUCGCUCGGUGCCGAAGCGCCUUUGGCGAAGAAAUAUCGACAAUGGGUUACAGAAUCCCGAGACAGAGGUCGAAACAUGGCCAUAAUCAUGGGGUUUCAGUUUGGUCUUAUUUUCUUUGCCAUGUAUGCUAGUUACUCACUGGCAUUCUGGCUUGGUCUCAAGCUCUACCGGGAAGGUCACAUCCGUGACAUUAAUACGGUCAUCAUCGUAUUCUUCUCGGUCAUGAUCGCAGUAAGUGUCAUUGGAAGCAUUGCAACACCGUUGACAAUGGUGUUCAAGGCGGCCAGUGCAGCGACUACCUUCUUUGAGAUUAUAGACUCAGAGAAGAUUUCCGCUGGCGGUCUUCGUGACUCUAAAUCGCUAGCUCAGGGUGAUAUCGUCUUUCAAGAUGUGGACUUUACGUACCCCACACGACCGGAGAGCAAAAUCUUUCGGGGACUAAACGCUCGAUUCGAAAGAGGCAAAACCACAGCAUUGGUGGGUCCAUCGGGGUCUGGAAAAAGCACUAUCGUCGCUCUUGUCGAGCGAUGGUAUACCCCGGAAAGAGGAAGUAUCUUCCUGGGCCAACGAAACAUCGAAGAGUUGGAUGUCAAAUGGUGGAGAUCCCAAAUCGGACUCGUACAGCAAGACCUGUUUCUCUUCAACGAUACAAUUUUCAAAAACAUCUCAUUUGGCCUUGUCGGCACGAAGUGGGAGAAUGAGUCUGAUUCUGUGAAAGCCGAAUUAGUGAAGAAUGCAUGCAAAGAAGCCUUUGCAGACGAGUUCAUCGCGCGUCUCCCAAUGGGGUACGACACAAUUGUGGGAGAGAACGGCACCAAAUUGAGUGGCGGUCAAAGACAGCGCCUGGCAAUAGCCCGAAGUAUCGUGAAGGAGCCUACCAUUUUAGUUCUUGAUGAAGCUACUAGCGCAAUUGACGUCCGUGGAGAGAAGAUUGUCCAGGCUGCCCUUGAUCGCGUCUCCGAAAAUCGCACCACAAUUGUGAUUGCACACAGGCUAUCCACCGUUCGCCGCGCCGAUCGCAUUCUGGUUCUUAGGGACGGUGUCAAUGUCGAGGAAGGGACACACGAGGAGCUUCUUGACAUGGAGAAUGGGCUUUACCGAGGUCUUGUCAAUGCCCAAAAGCUUGAGAGUGCUACAGAAGAAGAAGCUGGUCCAAUUGAGAUCACGGAAGUCUUGAAGGAGGAACUUGAUAAUUCCACUCCUGUCAUCUCUGAGCAGCCACGGUAUGAGCACAAGGAGAAGGUGACACAGCGUGGCUUCUUUCGAAGCACUGGGGUUUUUAUCUACGAAGCACGGACACACUGGUUACUUUGCCUGACUGCUUUACUUGGGGUACUAGGAGCUGCAUCUGCCUUCCCAUUACAAAGUUGGCUAUUUGCAAAUCUCAUCGAUGUGUUCCGCCUCACAGGAGAAAAGCUGAGCGACGCUGCAAAUUUCUGGGCCUUGAUGUUCUUCAUUCUAUCUCUAGGCAUCGCAGCCUGCUACGCCGUGAUCGGAUACUCAGCCAACAGACUCUCCGUUGAAAUAUCCUCCUCUUGUCGAACAGAAUACUUCCAAAACAUUCUGAGAAAACCAGUUCCGUUCUACGACUUGAACGAAAAUGCCUCCGGCUCCCUGGUCUCACGUCUAGCCACAGACCCCAAGCAGAUUCAGGACAUGAUCGGGCUGAACGGCAUUUUUCCAAUCAUUUCAGUCUGCAGUACGAUAGGCUGCAUCGCAAUCGCUUUCUCGUUUGGCUGGAAGCUGAGUCUCGUGACUGUGUUCGCUGCUCUUCCCUGCAUCUUCCUUGCUGCAUUCAUGCGCAUCCGAUACGAACUGGAGUUUGAAGCCCUAAACGCGGAGGUAUACUCUGGUAGCUCCCAGUUUGCAGCAGAAGCUAUCGAAGCAUUCCGGACCGUUUCGGCGUUGACCAUGGAGCGUUCUAUCUUGAGUCGGUACUCGGAUCUCUUAAAACAACAGCAGAACAAAGCUUUCCGCAAAGCCUGGCUGGCCACACUGGUGUUUGCUUUCUCCGAUAGCGUGGAACUCUGUGCUAUGGCGCUUACAUUCUGGUACGGCGGCCAGCUUCUCGCGUCCAGAGAGUACCAGCCCACCUCUUUUUUUGUUGUGUAUAUGUCAAUCAUUCUCGGUGGGCAACAGGCAGGUCAAUUCUUUAGUUUUGGGCCGAAUAUUGCCCAGGCUACAUCAUCCGCGAAUCGGAUUCUGAACUUCCGACCAGCCUUAGAUGACAUGAUUGCAGCUUCCGGGCUGCGCAUGGCUGAUCAAUCCCGCAGGUCCGGGGCUCGCAUUGAUUUUCAAAAUCUUGGGUUCAAAUAUGCAUCACAGGAGGUUCCCUUGUUCACGGGUCUUGACGUUACCAUCGAAAGUGGCCAGUUUGUCGCAUUUGUAGGGCCAUCGGGAUGUGGUAAAACCACCCUGAUAUCGGUACUCGAGCGGUUCUACAAUCCGUCCCUAGGAACAGUUCUCCUUAACGGCGAGGAUAUCAGCUGUAUCGAUCCAGCAUCAUACCGAAGAUGUCUAUCACUGGUGGCCCAAGAGCCACGACUGUUCGAAGGCACGGUCCGCGAUAAUAUCAUACUCGGACUCGACACCUCAGAGUACACGGAAGAAGAACUGGUUCAAGCAUGCAUCGACGCCGAGAUUCACAGCUUUAUUACAUCCCUUCCGGACGGAUACUCCACAGAACUAGGGAUCAAAGCACAGACAGCUCUUAGUGGAGGCCAGCGACAACGACUAUGCAUCGCGCGCGCACUAUUGCGGAAACCUUCUUUGCUACUCUUAGAUGAGGCGACAUCAAGCCUUGACUCGCAAUCCGAGAAAAUCGUCCAAGCUGCCCUUGAACGGUUGGCUGCACGGAGGAGUAUGACAAUUAUUGCGGUUGCGCACAGAUUGGCGACUAUUCAAAAGGCAGAUGUCAUCUUCGUCUUUGGGGAGAGUCAGAAUGGGAAAGGGUCGCGAGUCGUUGAACGGGGCUCGCAUCAGGAGUUGCUCCAGAAUAGGGGGAUGUACUGGCAGAUGUGUCAAGCAAAUGGGCUAGAUCGAUAA